UCCACCUUUCCUUCUCGUUCCACCCAACCCUCCCAGUGGAUAAGGAACAGAGCAGGACUGCCUUACCUCGCACACCAAGACAGAAACAACAUCACUAAACUGGGGCUUUUUAUGGGACAGUCCACAUUUGUUGUUAGUUUUAUCCGGGCACCUUCAUCCUACCUAUCAUCAACACCAUCACUAUCAACAGAAUUGCGCCUCACAGCAUACAAUUUUAAAGACCCUGUGUGGGACUACUCUCCAGUCUCAACAUGUAUCUGGAAAAUAAGAGCGACCUGGACCUGAAGUCCCCAGCAGCAGCCCCUGGCCUCCAGGGAAGGUCCAGUCUGAGGACAGCGGAGGCGGUGGCAGGGGGCUACGGCGAGGUGGCGGGGAACUUUGGAGGUCUGCGUCUGCUGGAGGGGUUCUCAGGAAGGAUAGAGUCUCAGAAACUCCAACAGGCCUCCGCCAGAUCCCCGGGGAGCUGUGUUAUGCAUGCUGAAGACAGACAGAGCUUCAGUAUGGUCAACUUUCUGAAGGGAAACACCAACCAGACGGGGUCCAACCACACAGAGAAAUCUCCCCUCAUCAGGUUCUCCCAAGAUGACAGUAUAACGUACAUGACCCUGUAUGAGGGGGAGGAGACGUGGGACAACAGCAGUUUGGAGCUGGAUAGGAGGUGUCGUCUGGGGAGUGAGGUCACCAGCCUGUCCCUGUCACGAUCCUCCUCCACAGAGAAAGACCCUCUGGACGUACACCUAAACUUCAAAUUGUCCAACAGCAUGAGAUCUUGCAUCUCCAUCUUUAAAAUCGCCUGUAUCUUCACCUUUGUCGUCCUCAUGUCUUUGUUCUUCAGUAUGUAUCCAGACAGGGACAACCCGUGGAGGAUGCUGGCUGUCUCCCCUACAGAGAGCUUCUCUUUGAACCUGACCGAUUUCCGUGACAACGCCUUGCUGAAGCUGCAGGUGGGCGGGCCUUUCGUGAGUGGCAUGGUGGAUCUGACCAAUGAGGAGUACAUCCUUAUUCAGGUGGAGCAGACUGAAGAGGCGGGGCCACGGAGAAGGCGGGUCCAGACGGUGAUCUAUAACUGGACCAUAGGUCUGCAUUCUGAACGGAGUGACCAGGUUAUAACAACUAAAACAUUUGAGAUGUUGAGCAGUGACCCCAUCAUCAUUACGGUGCAGGCGUUCGUCCAGGACAACACCAUGGUCCCUCUCUCCAUGACCCACCAGUCGCUCUACGUCACCAGGGAAAGGCAGGUGGUCAUUGCUGCAGUCAUCCUGGGGGGAGUUUACGUCCUCAUCAUCUUCGAGAUUGUCCACCGUACUCUGGCGGCCAUGUUGGGAUCUCUGGCUGCCCUGGCUGCUCUGGCCAUGAUCGGAGAUCGUCCCAGUCUGAGCACUGUGGUGGAGUGGAUCGACUAUGAAACUCUGGCUCUUCUGUUUGGCAUGAUGAUUCUAGUUGCCAUCUUCUCAGAGACUGGUUUCUUUGACUACUGUGCUGUGAAGGCCUACCAGCUGUCCAGAGGCAAGGUCUGGCCUAUGAUCAUCAUCCUGUGUCUCAUAGCAGCCAUCCUGUCUGCCUUCCUGGACAACGUGACGACUAUGAUGCUCUUUACUCCUGUCACCAUCAGGUUAUGUGAGGUCCUCAACCUUGACCCCAGACACGUCCUGAUAGCUGAGGUGAUCUUCACCAACAUCGGAGGAGCAGCAACAGCAGUCGGGGAUCCCCCCAACGUUAUCAUCGUCUCCAACCAGGACCUCCGGAAGAGUGGGAUAGAUUUUGCUAGUUUCACUGGCUACAUGUUCCUGGGGAUCUGUCUGGUCCUCCUCACCUCCUUCCCUUUCCUUCGCCUACUUUACUGGAACAAGAAGCUAUACAACAAGGAGUCCAGCGAGAUCGUCGAGCUGAGGCAUGAAAUCCGUGUAUGGAGGCAGACGGCCCAGCGUAUUAGCCCGGCCAGCAGAGAGGAGACGGCUGUCAAGUGUCUACUGAUGCAGAAGGUCCUCAACCUGGAGAGCGUGCUCCGCAAGCAACUCAAAACCUUCCAGAGACAGAUUUCUCAGGAAGAUAAGAACUGGGAGAAUAACAUUCAGGAGUUGCAUAAAAAGAACAGAAUAACAGACCGAGUCCUCCUGGUGAAGUGUAUAUCUGUGCUGGGGGUCGUCAUCUUCAUGUUCUUCCUGAACUCCUUUGUUCCCAGCAUUCAUCUGGAGUUGGGUUGGAUAGCGAUCUUCGGGGCCCUGUGGCUGCUGGUGCUGGCUGACAUCCAGGACUUUGAGAUCAUUCUGCACAGAGUGGAGUGGGCCACACUGCUGUUCUUCGCUGCUCUGUUUGUUCUCAUGGAGGCUUUGGCCCAGCUACAGCUCAUCGACUAUAUUGGUGUGCAGACGGCCCUGCUCAUAAAAGCCGUGCCAGAAGAGCAGCGUUUGGCCAUGGCCAUCAUCCUGGUCAUGUGGGUCUCAGCUCUGGCCUCCUCCCUCAUCGACAACAUCCCCUUCACCGCCACCAUGAUCCCUGUCCUCAUCAACCUGAGUCAAGAUGCAGACGUCAACCUGCCUAUCAAACCCCUUAUCUUUGCACUGGCCAUGGGAGCCUGUCUGGGAGGAAACGGAACGUUGAUUGGUGCGUCGGCCAAUGUGGUGUGUGCAGGCAUCGCUGAACAACAUGGCUACGGCUUCUCCUUCAUGGAAUUCUUCAGGCUCGGCUUCCCCAUGAUGCUAAUGACCUGUACCAUAGGGAUGUGCUACCUGCUGGCCACAAUCAUCGGACUGGGCUGGACCCUCUAACCUGCUCCUCACUGCACUACCAAAGAGAGACUGUCUGAGUGAAUGUGUUUUAGAUACAGAGAGUUUCAAAGUGUUGGACGCAGCUCAAAGGCCACAUGGAGAUCAAUCGUUCCUUCACAGAUUCAAAGUUGCAGCUCAUUUGGAAAGUGGUGGACAUAAUCUCGAGUACCUAGUCACAUUGCAGUUAUAAUAUGCAGUAGUUAUUCUACAACAGCAUUACAACAACAGUGAUGUGUUGCAACAUGAGGAAAACAAGCUAAACCAAGUGAAUGGAUUAUGAAUCUACACUACAUGGCCUCAGUCUGUAGAUCUCUCCAUGGUGCUCUUCGGUCUACAGCCCUCUCUUAUCUCUCCAUGGUGCUCUUCGGUCUACAGCCCUCUCUUAUCUCUCCAUGGUGCUCUUCAGU